GAAUGGCACUCGAAUCGAGAUUACAGAAAGUUUCAGUUUCAUUUCUUCAGUAAUCAGAAAAUUACAGGAAGCGAGCAAGCGGAAGGGUAGCCAGCAGACCUCUGAUAAAAAUGUCUACUGUCUCCAACUUUAUCACCACGGUUAUCUGUAAAAAUGAAGGCUGUAUGGAGUAUGGAUUGCUUGAACAAACUAUCCGGCGAAGUCUCACUAUUUCUGAAUCAAUACUUGUCGGUAUCUUGAGAGACACCUGCAAGUUUGUUGUUAUUGAUGGAAAAGAAAAAUGCUCCGCGACCAGUGCCCUGAGCGCAGACAGCUUGAUCAUAGCAAAGACAUCACUAAGGGUUUGCAAAAAACAGCCCGGCGACUGUGUCAGCUGUGAAGAUUUACAUCUGUGCAAAUAUCUUGUGUGCGGCAGCUGCAAGUACGGGAACAAGUGCAAAAAUUCCCACGACUUGGACUCGGCCUACAACAGAGCGGUCUGCGCCAGACACGGCCUCCAGGACCUGGGGGCUGCAGAGCUGUUCGCCCUGCUGCUGCAGAACGACCUGUCUCUACUGCCGGAGGCGUGCUCGCAUUACAACAGGGGCAACGGCGAGCACGGCUCCUGCAGGUUCAAGGGGAGCUGCAAGGGCCUGCACGUGUGCCAGCACUUCCUGCAGGGCGACUGCGCCUUCGGGGACCGCUGCAAGCGGGUGCACGCCUUCGACGGCGCCGCCCGCGAGAUCCUGAAGCGCCGGGGCGCCGGCCCGGAGAGGGGCGCCGACCGCCUGUACAAGGCGUACCGGAACAUGUUCGCCAUCGUCGGGCACGCGGACGGCCCUGCGGCGGGCCGCCCCACGGCCGCCGCGGCUCCUGCACCCGCCGCCGCCGCCGCCGCCGCUGCCGCCCCACCGCCGCCGACAAGGGAGCGCUCCCGCCAGCACUCCAGCCCCUCCGCCGGCGAGGCCGACAGCAGCGAGAUCUGCCUGUUCUUCCUCCGCCGCCACUGCAGUUUCAAAGAGAAGUGUAUUCGGGUUCACUACCACCUGCCCUACAGAUGGCAGAUCUCUCAGAGGGACGGAACCACCUGGAAGGAUCUGCUGGACAUGGAGGAUGUUGAGCAAGCCUACUGCAACCCUGCGAACGAUGCAAGUAAGGGGAUUUCGCAGGUGGAUUUCCUCGCCAUGACGAGCGGAGCCUUCGAAGUGCGCCGCCUCUCCACCGUCUCCUCCGUCACCAAGCCCCCCCACUUCAUCCUCACCACCGACUGGCUGUGGUACUGGAAGAGUGACCAGGGGAAGUGGCUCGAGUUUGGCUCUGAGGGCGACGCGGACGGGGGGUCCUCCAUCACGUCCCAGACUCUGGAGAACAUUUACCUGGCCGACACCGACGGGGAGAUCCCCUUCACCGCUGGCAGUCAGCAGUACUUGCUCAGCUUCAAAGACAUGACUCAGCGAAACCUAAAAUAUAACACCAAGAGGGAGGUUCGAAGGCGGCCCCACUUCCUCUCCGGUAAAGACGUGGAGAAAAAGCUGAAGAGCGGAACUCCGGAAGCUUCCGGCUCCUCUGCCGCCAGCGUUCCGAAGCACUGGGACCAGGAAGCCCUGGCUGACUUUGAAUACAAGCUCACUUGCCUGUCGGCCACGUCCACGGAGUUCCAGCAGGUGCAGAAGCUGUUCAAGCGGACCAUGCCCACCAGCACUGUGCACAGCAUCCAGAGGAUCCAGAACCCCUCCCUGCACAAGGUCUUCCAGUGGCAGAAGGAGAAGAUGCAGAAGAAGAAUGGAGGCCGGCCUGUAGACCAGCGGCUCCUGUUCCACGGCACUGAGCAGUCCCUCACCAAGGCCAUCUGCGAGCAGAACUUGGACUGGAGGAUCUGCGGCAUCCACGGGUCCCACUACGGCAAAGGAAGUUACUUUGCCAGGGACGCCUCGUACUCGGACCGGUACUCCAAGUCUAGCGGCCGGACGAAGACCAUGUUCGCCGUGCAGGUCCUGGUCGGGGAAUACGCCAGAGGGGACCGCAGCUUCCUCCGCCCCCCCCAGAAACCCAGCGACCAGGGCUUCUACGACAGCUGCGUCGACUCCGUGGUAAACCCCGCCAUUUUCGUCGUCUUUGAGAAACACCAGAUCUACCCGGAGUACAUUAUCGAGUACGGUCCUUGAUCCUGAAGUAAAGAGUCGUAGAUCCGAAAUUCAACUAUGCAGAAAAAAUAAGACGCGCUAAAGUGCGCUAAAUCAAAAAUGGCUUUCGCAGUUUUACUGAUAUUUUGUGAGCUUGGAUAGCCUUCAAGACUGUGUGUAACAAUUCUUUAAAAAUUGUUUUUGCUGCGAGUAACAUUCAUCACAAUAUCUGGGAACUAAUAUUUGCGAUUUAAACCUUUAUAAAAUCUUUAUAGUGGGAUAAACUGGUGUCAGGUCACUUUUGUAUAAUUUAAAACAUUGCUGUCUUCUGUGGUCUUUAAAGGGCUUAUGUUUUUAAAUUUCAGACCUCACUGUUAAUUUCAUACUCGUUGUAAGGGGAUCUAAACCAAUGUAGAAUACCAGACAGACUGGGGUGUCUUGUGUGGCAUGGCCCGUAGGGCGCUUUCCACAUGCUCAAACUAUUUAGAUACCUCCAGGUUUGUGAUUUCACAACUAGAAAAACUACCUGCAAUAUCAAUGCUAAGAUAUCAGCAGUGGAGCAGUUACUUCUUUUAGGUCUAACUAAAAAAUCUAUAACUCGUUUCUAUAAUUCUUAAGCCAGACUGAGGUGUUAAAUAUGCAAAUUUGCAAAUCUCCCCCAACAAAAGAUUUAAAAUGAACCCCCAGUUUUCACCUAUGUGCCAAAAAUGUCAAAUCUCAGUAGGGACCUACACUCAUUGUAUCUGGUCCUGCCCUGAAAUCCAAGUAUAUUGGAUGGAUAUUUUGCAGGAUGUGGUAAAAAUCUUUGGUGUGGUUUUAGCAUAUGAACCCUCUCUCUUCCGAGUCAAGAUGCAAUAGUUGGUACUAGUUCUGGCUAGUUAUGAUAUCCUUGCAUAUGCCGCAAGGAAGAAUAUUUUUCUGUAAUGGAUAAAUGACAAACCUCCUGCGAAAGCAAACUGGCAUAAGAUAAUUAUGGAGUGUUUUACCCUUGAAUACUUGACCUGUCUACUUCACUCUUCAAAAAGACAGUUCGUGAAAAUAUGGACUCCAUCUCUCUACUUCUCCAACUCCCCAGUGGCUUCAACACUUUCAAGCAUUCUCCUGGACUGAUUGAGAUACCUGUGCCUUGCCUAUGAUGCUGUAACUGUAAUGCACCCUUGUCAUCUGCACUUUUAUGGUAUCCCAGCUUUUAUUUUAUGCAAACAAAAAAAUUUAACUGUCAACAUUCAUACAGAUUGUGUAGACCAAUGCUGUGCUGAGCUUUUUGUUGUUGUCUGUGUGUUUGUGAAAAAUAAAAAAAGAACAAAACUCAAUAAAUAUAUUUGGGGGAAAAAAAAUCUUUCUCAACUGAUCUGACUUACCUGAUCUGACUGUCAUUGACACUGCUGUAGAGAGAGCACUUCUGGUGUUUUUUUGGAUUGAAUGCCACAGACGUGAAAUAAAUGAUUCUACUCCCCAA